GUAAUGACGUCAUCGGUCAGCGCCUCUGUCUCUGCUGGCCUCCAAAAUGGGUUCGGUUGCUUAGCCUUGAUUCCUCCAUUUGUUCAUCGGCGUAUCGACUUUUUAUGAAGCAAAACUUCUUCGCGAUGACAUUUGGAAGUGAUUUGUCAGACGAAGUGAACCAGGUGACUUCAGAACUGGUUCUUUUGCAGGCAGACUGGCGUGCAAGUUCCAAUUCUUGCGCAGUGCAGUAAAACCACUCACUUGGUCAGACAUUUGCAAUGAAACCAGCUCAGGAGCGUAACCAGGAGUGCCUGCCUCCUAAGAAGAGAGACCUCCCAGUUAGUAACAGUAGUGGAGCUGGAAGUGCCGGGGGAGGAGUGGCUGCCGGAGGAGGUGGUAGUUGUGUUGGAGAAGAUGACGUCAUUUCCAUUCAGAGCUCUACAGCCAACACUGACACUCAGGGAGGCGCUCCAUCAGGAGAGUGGGUGCGAGCUCAGCCUGGGCUGCAUUAUGGAGUGGACAGCGGCGAUGGUGUGCCUGCAGUGCCCAUUGACCAGUACAGUAUGCUCUAUAAAGUAGCUCUACCACCUGUAACCUAUUCACCAACCAGUCUGCAUCCUGUGCUUAGCCACAUCUCUCCAGCCUACACUGUCCACUCUCCCCUUUUGCAGCAUCCAGGAAUUUCUUAUCCGCCUCUGGGUUAUGCCCAGAUUCCUCAUUCCUCUCUGCAGUUUGUAACCUCCCCCUAUGCAGCAGUACCUUACGCUAUACCUACAGGCUUUGUCCCUGGUUCGUUAAUUACUGCCUCAGGCUCCAUUCCUCAGCCCCACACCGUGCCCCACCUUGUUCCUUACCCAUCUGUCAUCCCGGAGAGUGUUGUUUCGCCUCCUCCGCAGGUCGAAGUAGCUGCUCAUACCUUUGCCAAAGUUGUGCCAUCUAGCAGUGUCCCGCUGAUGCUGUCCACAGAUCAAGCUACUCAGCAGCACAUUGGCACAGUAGGAGUUCUGCCUGCAACAGAGCUCAGCUCUCGUGGAAUGCCAGUCUUCUACCACCCUCAGGGCAACAGAGCUGCCACUGGAACCAGGGAUGCCCAUUCUGCCCAACAGGAUAAUGAACCAGAGGUGAAUGGAGGGGGUAAGGAGCAGGGAGCUCGAGAUGUGCUGCCAGAAUCAUUGUACACUGCCAGAAAUGCACAUCUGCAGCAGGUCACGUCCAGCCCUGCUGCACAGGAGAACAGUAAAGACAAAGGCCUGCAGAGUCAUAGACUGGAUGAAAGGAGCUCUCCUGGUCAGCGGAGCACUCCAGAUAGCGAUAUGGAGGUGCAGCAAGUGGUCGGUUGUUUGGCCUCCUCUGUUCAGGGUAGUUGUGGCAGCAGGAAGGAAGUCUCCUUUGCUCCCCUGAACCUGUCUCAGGGCACCCAGAGAGCCAGAGAUGUCCAUGGUGAGACCCCAGGGGUAAUUUCUGGUCCAAAUGUAUAUACAACCCAGCCUGUGGGUUACAACGACCCCAGAGUGGCCAGUGGCCAGCCAGCUCAUGCAGUCAUGCUAGCCAACGGGCAACCAGUCUUUAUCCCCUUGGAAUACCAACCUCAGAAUCAGUCUCAACCACCACAGCAACACUACUCAGUCCAGGCUAAUAAUGCCUCAGCCAGCCAUGCCUCUACCCCCUUAGCCUCCCCUAUCCCCAACUUUAAAACCGCUGAUCCUCCUACCCGUGUGUGCCUCCCUGACAGGGUUGUGGGGGAGUUGAACCCAGCUCAGCAGCAACAGCUCCCUUCACAGUCUUUUGUCCAGCCUACAGCAGAUCUGACUCAGGUCUUGUCUUCAAGCCUCACUCCCGCCUCAGCUCCCUGCAGCCCCUCGCACUUCAUGAAGGGAGCGAUUAUCCAGCUGGCUACUGGGGAGCUGAAACGUGUGGAGGACCUGCAGACUCAGGACUUUGUGCGGAGUGCCGAGGUGAGCGGCGGACUUAAGAUUGACUCCAGCAUGGUGGUGGACAUACAUGCCAGCCAGCAGAGACCUGGUCUCAUGUCACUUCACUUUACUGUGGGAGAACAACAGAGCAAGGUGACCAUUGAUGUGCCCCCGGAGCACCCCUUUUUUGUGUUUGGCCAGGGCUGGUCGUCUUGCAGCCCCGAGCGCACAGCUCAGCUCUACGGCUUAGCCUGCUAUCAUCUGCAAGUGGGAGACGUGUGCGUGUCCAUCACCCUGCAGCAGCAGCUUCAGCCGCAGCAGCAGAAACAACCACAGCACCAUACUCAACAACAACAGACUCUUUCCAGGACUUUAAGCAAAGCCAGUGCCACAUCAGGACCUGGUCACCAGCUCAUGGGGCCACCUGCUCCUCAGCAGCCCCGGCUUCAGCCUCAUUUUAGGCUAGAUCGCAUUCACAGAGAAAGACAGAGGGAAGGAGAGAAGGAUCUUGUUGGUAAGGAAGAUGCCACACAUUUGGCAGUUACUGCGCUUACAGAAUCUCCCGCCAGACCAAGUCGGACCUCAGCAGAGCAUCCUAGAAAUCAGAAUAGUUACCAGUUGCACACAGACGGCUCCGCUUUUGUCAGAAUGGGAGCAAUGCAGCAUGUGGUCUCCUCGUCUCAGAGGCGUUGGUCCUCACCUGCUCUCCAAAGAUACACCACAAAGGGAGACGAAGGCUCACGCCCUCAGAUCAGCACCUCUGGCCCUGCACGGCCUACAUUCAUCCCCCAGGAGGUCAAACUCUCCAUUGAGGGGCGCUCUAAUGCAGGGAAGUAGCAGCCACUUUGGUAGCAGCUGUAGAAGAGAUGAGGAAGGUAUGAGUCAUGAUGGUGAAAGAGGGAAACAUUGUGUGAAUGUAGCCUCAGAAUGUCACUCAUUUUUGCACACCUUGCAACAACAGGAGAUCUUUCUGUCUGGUAGGUGGUUUAUAAGCCAAAAGAUAAGUGUGGAUUCCUGUCCCACUGAUGUCUGACAGCGACGU